AGUAGACAGGCUAUAUGACCCUGAUGACAUGUCCAUAGUGUACUGCCUCCUGGCCAACCGUCUCCAGUUCCUCAAAGAGCAAACCGCCGCCAAACACCAAAGCGUCAGCAGCGCUCGAGCAACUCUUUGCGAAAUCGUCGCCACCAAAAUACUCCGCAAGUUCCAUGAAGUCAAUUCCCCCGAAAAGGCGGGAAGCGCUGGCCUACUCCGGCUGGCCAACGUUCUAGUGCAAGGCUUCGAUCCCUUCUCCGGCGCCCCCGAAGACGUCGCCCGGGCUGGCAGAUAUACGCAUUGGCCAGUCCAAGAGCGCGGCGGCAACGAGAGGAAGCUCACGGCGCUAGAACUGGCCAUCUUGUCGGAGAGCAAAACCAUGAUGAGUUCGCCGGCGUGUCUGCGAGUGGUGAAUGCAGUAUACGAGGGGCAAGUUGUGUACACGCCGAUAUCAUUCGUAGAUAUCCUCCCGGACCAUUACAAGCAUCACCCGGUGUCGUUGUAUGAUCCGCGCAAGGCGCCGCUGCUGGACCACUACCGAUUGAUCGUCCCAAAGUGGAGGAGCUUGCUCGAAUCAAUACAGUUCAUGGUGUUGCUGGGGCUGUAUAUCUUGACCAUGGUGAAUCGAGGCAGCCCAAGCUCUCUGAAACUCUAUGAGAGCCUCUUUGCCGUUUAUUCGCUAGGAUGGAUUCUCGAUGAGUUUGCGGCCAUCAUCGAGCAUGGAUGGGCGGUCCACGCUCAAAAGACGUGGUCAUUCCUGGACGUGACAUUUACAGUCAUCUUCUGUGCCUAUCUCUUUGCACGGGUAUAUGAUGUUAUUAUACCCGUUGCUCAAGACACAGGUGGAACAAACUCUGCAGCGUUACAUAUUCUGUGCGUCGCAGCUCCAGUACUGCUCACACGAGUUGCUUUCAGCCUCAUGCCAGACAACAUCGUCUUUAUCUCGAUGCAUGCCAUGAUGAAGGACUUUCUUGUGCUGACUUUUCUCACCCUGUGGUGCGUGGGAGGAUUCUUCCUGGCACUGCAGUGGCUCUUGAUGACAGGCCAGGGCUCGGAGCCCAAGUGGUAUACAGUCGCGAAAUGGCUUCUGUGGAUCUGGUUCGGGCUCGACGGCACGGGCAUUCAAGAGUCUGUGCAGUUUCAUGUCGUCCUUGGCCCUGCCCUCAUCGUGGCAUUUGCAUUCUUGGGCAACACGCUGUUCUUGACGAUUCUCGUCGCCGUGCUAACAAACACCUUCUCGCGCAUUGUGGCUGCUGAAGCCGCCGAGAUUCAGUUUCGUCGAGCAGUCCUCACCUUUGAGUGCGUGAGGAGCGAUGCCAUCUUUGCCUAUCCGCCUCCGUCCAACAUGCUAGCCCUCAUCUUCAUGCUGCCCCUGAAGUUCCUCGUCUCGGCACGCACAUUUCACACCGUCCACGUCGCCAUCGUGCGGGUUCUUAACUUCCCUGUUCUAUUAUUUAUCAGCUUAUAUGAACGCAACUUGUUCAAAGUUGGCGAAUCAACUCGCAGCGUCAAGUCGAACCAACUUCUCAGGUGGCGCUUCACCGGCUUCAACCCGCAUGGCGACAUCGAAGCUGUCUUUGAAGCAGAUCCACCAACAGAUGCAAUGGAAGAGGCUGGCGAGCUGGACGGGCUGAGUGAGCUCGGAUUCACCGACGAUGGUAUAUCGAGAUCUUCAAGAGAUAUUAGGAGGCCAAUGGUGUUUAGGCUAAGCAAUUCGAAAAGCAGAGAUGAGACUUUGGAGAUGCUGGGCAGAGGAUGGAGCCCGGGGGUGGAAGGCAUAGGACCAUCUCAGGGGACUGGCGAUUCAUGAUAUUCUAAUUGUAUGAAAGAUGGAG